CACGUAUGCACCAAAAAGAUUUGCAAAACCAGAAAACAAAAGAGAACAUUUCAAAAAUGGAGGUCGCCGCCGACGCAAAAUGCGCGACUUCUCCGAGCACCGCUGCGGCAGCGGUAGACGGCGGCCUGGUUAUAUCAGCCACCGAUGUAAUCCAUUCCUUUCUCGCCGCAUCUACCCAGGACGCUAACCUAUCUCAGGACUUGAGAGACCUCGCCGCCUCACUCUCUCAGCGAGCCUCCGUGCCCUACAGAGCUCUGCGCUCCAUCUGGAUUGGAUCGAACCCGUCGAGAAGACCUCAACUCGUUUCCCUUCUGUGCGGAUCCGGAUUCGCGUUCUCAAGCCCUAAGCCCAGAGAGAAGAGCGAGGAAUUGAAGGCUCGCCUAAGGAAACUGGCGGAGGCAUCCGAGAGGAAAGCCUAUGAGGAAUUGGUGAAGGACAUAACCCCCAAGAAGAAAGUUGAAGAGCCUUUCUCUUCUUACAAGGAUCAAUUAGGCUUUGGCAUGCACGUUGUUCUUAUAAUGUUCACUGGCUUUUUGGUUGGAUAUGCUGCAUUCAAGGCUUUAUUUAGUCACAGUCCUGCAAUGAGUGCUGCUGGUGGCAUCCUUGGACUGGUUGUUGGCAUGCUUGUAGAAACACUUCUUUUCAUUGUUAGAACUACUAGUUUAGAUCGAAGAUCCACUUCUUUUGUUUCUAAGGCAAAAAAGAAUCAGUAAACUUCACCGUAAGAGAUUCAACUUAUUAGCCAUAACCUAUGAGGCCUCCUCUUGAAAAGAGGUUAUGAUUUGCAAAGUUUAUUUGGUAUUUACAGAGUGAAACAUCUUUAAUCAUGAGGAAAGAACCCCUCAUCUUGUCUCAUAAUAAGAAGAAAGGAUUUUAAUUGUUGAUGCUACUCACUAGUUCUUAAAUUUUAAAUUAAGCUGUGGUUAAAAACGGUUCAAGUACAAAGUUAUUUAACCUUGCCUGCAUUUAAAUCACGUAGCUAAUGAAUCUUUGGCUGUGGCAUACACGGGAAAUAGAAUGUUUGAAUCUAAAUUAUUUUUUAAAUUUCAACAUAUGAAUUUUAAUUCUUUAUCUAUUUUAGCUUCAAGUAUGUUUUACUGCUCGA